AUGGCUAGAGAGACUAACUUUAAUGAUGCGCUGGAUUACAUCUACAUAGCCAAUAGCAUGAAUGACAAUGCAUUUCUGAUAGCCGAACCACGGCCGGACGAUGAUGACGACGAUGAUGAUGAGCAGGAGGACGAUAACAACAACAAUCACUACUAUAAUGAUGGCGGAGAUAAAGAUUUUCGGAGCACAAACGCUGUUGCCACCUCCUUGGACAGCAGCUCACCGAGCUCACCACUUGCCACAGCUGCGCUUGCAGCGGCAGCGGCAAGUGCCUCGGUCGCUGCUGCAGCAGCCCGAAUUACCGCAAAGGCCGCACAUCGGGCACUUGCCACAGGUGCUAUCGAACUGAUCGAUGUGGAUGGUGUGGCUGUAACCACCACCUCUGUGUCGGACAAUAAUUAUACCAAUGUGGCCGUCGGCCUUGGCGCCAUGCUGUUGAACGAUACGCUGCUGAUGGAGGCAAAUGAUACGGGCCUGAGUAUUUUCGGUGAUUUGGUGAAUGGCAGCGGGCAGCUGAUGAAUGCCAGCGCGACAGCCAAUGUGACGGCCAGCAAAGUGGACGAGGAUGACUUCACGCAGCUGCUGCGCAUGGCGGUCACAUCGGUGCUGCUCGGCCUGAUGAUACUCGUCACCAUAAUUGGCAAUGUUUUUGUGAUAGCCGCCAUUAUAUUGGAGCGAAAUCUACAGAAUGUUGCAAACUAUCUGGUCGCCUCUCUGGCCGUUGCUGAUCUAUUUGUUGCCUGUCUCGUGAUGCCCCUGGGAGCUGUCUAUGAGAUCAGCCAGGGCUGGAUACUUGGACCGGAGCUGUGCGAUAUUUGGACCUCUUGCGAUGUACUCUGCUGCACUGCAUCCAUACUGCACCUGGUUGCCAUCGCUGUCGAUCGCUAUUGGGCUGUUACCAACAUCGAUUACAUCCAUUCACGAACCAGCAAUCGGGUCUUCAUGAUGAUCUUCUGUGUGUGGACAGCCUCGGUGAUUGUUUCGCUGGCGCCGCAGUUUGGCUGGAAGGAUCCGGAUUAUCUGCAACGCAUCGAGCAACAAAAGUGUAUGGUCUCACAGGAUGUGGCCUAUCAGGUAUUUGCCACUUGUUGCACAUUCUAUGUUCCACUUUUGGUCAUUCUGGCGUUGUACUGGAAAAUCUAUCAAACGGCAAGAAAACGCAUUCACCGCCGACGACCGCGACCCGUUGAUGUGGCUGCCAAUAAUAAUCAGCCUGAUGCCGCUGCGUCAACGGACACAAAGCUUAAUCGGCUGCGGCUACGUCUUGGCAGAUUCUCGACGGCCAAGAAUAAGAGCGGUGGUGGUGCGGCGGGUGGUGGGACGACGACAGCCCUCGGUCUGGUUGAGGGCAACUCCACGAACACUGUGAACACCGUGGAGGAUACCGAAUUCAGUAGCUCGAAUGUGGACAGCAAGAGUCGUGCCGGUAUUGAGGUACCCAGCACAUCGGGCAGUCAAAUAGCCACCGUCUCUCACCUGGUGGCAUUGGCAAACCAACAGCACGCCAGCAGCGCCAAACAACCGAAGGAUCAACAAGCAACAACUGGCGACGAUGGCAACGAGCUGGAAGAGCGAUUACAGGAAGAGCAGCAGGAUGAGGCGAUGGCAAUGGCAACCGCAACCACAACAUCAACAGUGGGAGCAGAAGCGACAACGACAACGACAACGGCUGCUGCAACAACGUCGAGCAAGGCCAAUGGUAGUGGUGGUGCUGGUGCUGGUGCCGCUGUGGAGGUGCUCGAGGAUCCGCAGCUUCAACAGCAGCUCGAACAAAUGCAGCAGCUACAAAAAACUGCCAAAAGCUGUGGCGGUGGCGGCGGUGCCAGCACAUCCAAUGCCACAACAAUUACAUCGAUAUCAGCGCUAUCGCCGCAAACACCAACACCACCUGCCGCCGGACCAAUGACAGCAAAGACCAGCACACUGACAAGCUGCAACCAAGCACAUCCGUUGUGCAGCUCGGCCAAUGCCUCGGGAGCUGUAACGCCCGAGCCGCGCACCAAGCAACAGCAGUCAACAUCUGCCCAAUCCCAACCGCCACAACAGCAACAACCACAACAACAGCAACAACAACAGCAACAACAGUUGUCAAGCAUUGCAAAUCCCAUGCAAAAGGUGAACAAGCGCAAGGAGACGCUGGAGGCGAAACGUGAACGCAAAGCAGCCAAAACAUUGGCCAUCAUCACUGGCGCCUUUGUUGUUUGCUGGCUACCGUUCUUUGUAAUGGCAUUGACCAUGCCCCUCUGUGCCGCCUGUCAAAUCAGCGACAGUGUCGCCUCCCUCUUCCUCUGGCUGGGCUACUUCAAUUCAACACUAAAUCCGGUCAUCUAUACGAUAUUCAGUCCAGAAUUUCGGCAGGCCUUUAAGCGCAUUCUCUUUGGCGGACACCGACCAGUGCAUUAUCGCAGCGGGAAACUCUAGAUAGUGCAUGCGAAGAGGCGAAGACGCUUUUGCUGAAAUUGCGGAAGAUCUUGCCUCUUCGGUGGCUCCACAACAACAAUAACAACAACAAAUAUAGCGACAACAACCUAAACUUGCAGCAUGUAUACCAAGGAUAACUUUAAGCAGACGG